GGCAAUGCAUAUUCAUCUUUUCUCUCUCUCUAGUUAAUCAAUCAACUCAAAUUAUCUAAUGGAUGGAUUCCCCUCCGGCUGGCUCGGCUGCUCCUAACCCGCUACGCUCCAAAACUUCUCCCCCUAUAUAUACAGCUCCUUGUACUUCUCUCGUUCUUACACUCACUCCUCAAUCCAUCCGUCUCCACCAUUGCUCGCUAGCUCGAGCUCCUAGCUAGUACUGCAAAGUCAGCCGGGGAGUUGAUUUGGUCCUUCUUGGCUUGCUUGACCGAUCGUACGUGCCGCCAGGAUGCCGACGCCGUCGCACCUGAGCAAGGACCCGCGCUACUUCGACUUCCGGGCGGCGCGGCGGGUGCCGGAGACGCACGCGUGGCCCGGGCUGCACGACCACCCCGUGGUGGACGGCAGCGGCGCGGGCGGAGGGCCGGACGCGGUGCCGGUGGUGGACAUGCGCGACCCGUGCGCGGCGGAGGCGGUGGCGCUGGCGGCGCAGGACUGGGGCGCCUUCCUCCUGGAGGGCCACGGCGUCCCGUUGGAGCUGCUGGCCGGCGUGGAGGCCGCGAUCGGGGGCAUGUUCGCGCUGCCGGCGUCGGAGAAGAUGCGCGCCGUGCGGCGGCCCGGCGACUCGUGCGGCUACGGGUCGCCGCCCAUCUCCUCCUUCUUCUCCAAGUGCAUGUGGUCCGAGGGCUACACCUUCUCCCCGGCCAACCUCCGCUCCGACCUCCGCAAGCUCUGGCCCAAGGCCGGCCACGACUACCGCCACUUCUGCGCCGUGAUGGAGGAGUUCCACAGGGAGAUGCGCGCGCUGGCCGACAAGCUGCUGGAGCUGUUCCUGGUGGCCCUCGGGCUCACCGGCGAGCAGGUCGCCGCCGUCGAGUCCGAGCACAAGAUCGCCGAGACCAUGACCGCCACAAUGCACCUCAACUGGUACCCCAAGUGCCCGGACCCGAAGCGGGCGCUGGGCCUGAUCGCGCACACGGACUCGGGCUUCUUCACCUUCGUGCUGCAGAGCCUGGUGCCCGGGCUGCAGCUGUUCCGGCACGGGCCCGACCGGUGGGUGACGGUGCCCGCCGUGCCGGGGGCCAUGGUCGUCAACGUCGGCGACCUCUUCCAGAUCCUCACCAACGGCCGCUUCCACAGCGUCUACCACCGCGCCGUCGUCAACCGGGACAGCGACCGGAUAUCGCUCGGCUACUUCCUCGGCCCGCCCGCCCACGUCAAGGUGGCGCCGCUCAGGGAGGCCCUCGCCGGCACGCCCGCCGCCUACCGGGCCGUCACGUGGCCCGAGUACAUGGGCGUGCGCAAGAAGGCCUUCACCACCGGUGCCUCCGCGCUCAAGAUGGUCGCCAUCUCCACCGACAACGACGCCGCCAACGACACGGACGACCUGAUCUCGUCGUAGAUCGGCGCCGGCCAUCACCGGCCGGCCAAGGGAUCGAUCUAUACAAACAAUUAGUGAACAAAAAAAAAUGCCAGAGAUGGUGGUGGGCUGGUAGCUUAGCUGAGGUAGCUAGGAGGAAGGGCGCGCGCGCGUGCGGCUGUCGUUCGUGUUUAAGGUUUCCUCCAUAUAUGUCUCCAUGCAGAAUUGCAGAUGAUGCUGGUGGAUGCGUGCGUCCAUGCAGCAGCGAACGAACUAACUGUAAGAAAACCGAACUUAGUUCGACAUCUGCAUCUAAGCAUGCCACUUGGUUUAAUUCAAUUCAAGUGCAGAAACUAAAGAUUAUGAUGGGAAAGAAGAA